AUGUCCAACCACGCAGAACUCUUCCCUUCUAUUGGAGCAGUCGCUGAGGAGACCGAGAAGCUCAUCGGUUCAACUGUCUCACGGAACACGACUCUCUCUUCCUGUUCCGAACAGGAACAGGAAGAAAGAGUCGCUUUCAGUGAUACAGUUGAACCGGCGGAGGAUGACGACCGACCAGUACAGGAAAUAGAGUCUCUAUGCAUGACGUGCGGCGAGCAGGGGGUUACGAGGCUUCUUCUCACUUCAAUCCCAUUUUUCCGCGAAGUCGUCGUCAUGUCCUUUCGUUGCGAGAGCUGCGGCUUGUCAAAUAACGAGAUACAGUCAGCCGGCAGCAUCAGACCGGAGGGUACUGUGUACACUGUCCGUGUCCUCUCUCGCGAAGAUCUCGACCGUCAAGUUGUGAAAUCCGCUUCAUGCACCGUCAGCAUUCCGGAGUUCGAGCUCACAAUACCUGCAUUGCGCGGUCAGCUUACGACGAUCGAGGGGAUGAUCCGUGACGUCGUCUCCGAUCUUGGUGCGGACCAGCCUCUUCGUCGUAUAGAAAACGAAGCUGCAUACAACAAAAUUCAAACCAUUAUCGACGGCUUCAAAGAGAUUCUGGCCGACGAUGAAGACGAGGACGAGGAGACCGGCGCCGGUAAGGUCAAGGUGCGAAAGGCGUCCGAGAAGGAUAUAGCCUUCACGGUGCGAUUGGACGACCCGGCUGGCAACUCAUUUGUAGAGUUCGUCGAUAGCAUGACAGACCCAAAAUGGAAUAUGCGCACAUAUCAUCGGUCACGGCAACAAAAUAUUGAACUCGGCUUGGUCUCCGGAGAUGAUCCAGAUCCCUCGAAAGAAUCGAAGGCAGGAGAUAAGUUUGCGGCUGAAGAUGUGGGCAGGAUAGGCGGAGGUUUAGAAGGCGAGAACGAGGAAAUAUAUGUGUUUCCCGGGACGUGCUCAAGUUGUGGACAUCCACUUGAUACACUUAUCAAGAAAGUGAAUAUUCCGUACUUCAAGGAUAUCCUCAUUAUGUCCACAAAUUGUGAUCGAUGUGGAUACCGAGAUAACGAGGUGAAGUCGGGAUCGGCCAUCUCGCCUCAGGGAAAGCGGAUCACACUCAAAGUGGAAGAUCGCGAAGAUCUUAGCCGUGAUAUCCUCAAGAGCGAAACUUGUGGUCUUGCGAUUCCCGAGGUCGACCUGGUCUUACAGGCAGGCACACUCGGUGGCCGAUUCACAACAUUGGAGGGUAUCCUGGACCAGGUCUACGAAGAGCUAUCAGAGAAAGUUUUUGCAGCAAGCGACUCUAAUUCGGACGAUGGGGCAUUUGAAAAAUUUUUGAAGAGGCUCAAGCAGGUCAAGAGUGCAGAACAGCCAUUCACGGUCAUUCUCGAUGACCCAUUGGCGAACUCGUAUUUGCAGAGCUUGUAUGCACCGGACCCGGAUCCCAACAUGACAAUCGAGAUAUAUGAUCGUACGUGGGAGCAGAAUGAAGAGCUCGGUCUUAAUGACAUGAAGGUUGAAGGAUAUGAGGAAGAUGCUGACCAAGAGACUAGAUCCAGUGUUGUAACACUGAGCAAAGAGGAGCAGUCAUGA